UCCCCAAAAUACUUUUCUGAAAAUCACACAAGCAGUUAAAAAAAAGAGCGAGAAAGUGAUUGAGAUUGAAAUUGAAAGAGAAACAGAAAGAAGAAGAAGAUUCAUUUGGCGAUCCGUAUUAAAUAAUCCAGUUUGAUCUACUACACUCAGGUUAUAAAAUGGCAACAAGAACUCUUGGAGUGAUGCAAGAUGAGAAUUUGCAUUCUCACUUUCGAGGCCCAUCUCGAAAGGCAUUGACGAAUAUUACAAAUUCUUCAAAGCUAUCUCCACUCAAGGCAGCAUCAAAGAAGAAUCUGUUGAAGAAAUCUGACAAUGAGCAGAAUGGUCUGUAUAUCAAGCCUGGUUUCAUCAAUUCAAAUGUGAAAUCAAAUUUCAAAGGGGAUACUGUUGGGGGAAAAUCAGGACUGGGUGGUGGUGUUAGGAAACCACUGGGUGACAUUACAAACUCGAGGAAAUUGUCUCUUAAGCAGGAAGUAAAGAAUACUAAUCCUAAGAAAAGAGAUGACAUUGCUGGAGAGCGGUUCCUACACGAUCAUCAGAAAUGUAUUAAAUCACAAAAUUGUGAAAUGGAUAGCAAGUUGCUUCUUAAAACACUUGGAUUUGAUGAUGAUUUCUCUGUGCAAUUGUCUAAGCCACGCAUUGUUCCAGCUUCGUUACCACCAAAGGUUGACUCAUUCAGCUCUUUAAAGUCUUUGGAGUAUGAUGAGAUUCCAGAGUUACUCUAUGAAUUUCGAUCCCCACCUCGAUGCCGCACUCCUGAACACUACAGUACCUCUCCCUCGAUGGACCGAUAUGCAUUUUCUCCUACUCUGAUGUUACUUGGAUCGCCAUAAAUGUUCAAGCUGGAACUUGUAAAGGUUUGUGGGUGUACUCUAGUAGUUACUACUACUGAUUUUGGAACUUGGGUCUCUUUCUGUAGAGGUUCUGUAGGCUUACAAGUAGUUGCUACUACUACUACUACUGGUUUUGGAACUUGGAUCUCUUUCUGCAGAGAUUGUUUACUAUUAUGUUGUUUCGCGCUUUAGAAAUCUAAGUAAACUGCUUACUUGGUUGAUUUUGUUUGUAGUAGUGGAACUCAGUUUAGACGUUGCAUUGAAAAAGAAAUUCGUUCAUUCCUUUCUUCUCUAUUGUGAACAAGAAUCAUGUAAUGUAUUGGUUUGUUAUUAUUAAUACAAGUUGUUUCAGUGA